GAUUGCAGCCUUGUAAGGAAGUGCAGUCGGGAUGAGGACGAUAAGCAGCGCGCUCUCACUCGCUCUGAGACGCUGCCCAUGUUUAGAGCGGCCCGUCCAGCCCGGCCUGCCACAAACAAUGCCUGCUCCAGCGUCUGCUGAGCUCAGUCCACUGCCGUCCAGCGCUCCUCUCCAAACGCACCGCAGGGAAAAGUGAAGAGACAGGAUACCUGAUCAGAAAGAUGGGACAAUCAGAGACCUCAACUUUCCUUCCUUACAAUAUAAAACUCGCUCUGUUCUUCGUCUUUUUUUCCCAUGAGCUUCACCUUGUUGCUGCUGGAGGCUCCAAGCUGGAUGAAGGUUCCUCUUCAGCCAACGAAUCAGGAACAUGUUCUGGUAGCUACGAGUGCAAGGAAGGAGUGAUGCUGCCGAUAUGGACUCCAGAAAACCCGUCGUUUUCAGACAAGCUGGCUAGAGCUACGGUCUAUUUUGUUGGACUGGUCUACAUGUUCUUGGGGGUCUCCAUCAUCGCAGAUCGUUUCAUGGCAUCAAUCGAAGUCAUCACGUCACAGGAGAAAGAAAUCACCAUCAAGAAGCCCAACGGAGAGACCAUGACCACUACGGUCCGCAUCUGGAACGAAACGGUGUCCAAUCUGACUCUCAUGGCUUUGGGUUCCUCUGCUCCAGAGAUCUUACUCUCCGUGGUGGAAGUUUGUGGACACAACUUCGAUGCAGGUGAACUGGGUCCGAACACCAUCGUGGGCAGCGCAGCUUUCAACAUGUUCGUCAUCAUCGGCCUGUGCGUCUCCGUCAUCCCGGAUGGAGACCACCGCAAGGUUAAGCACCUCAGAGUGUUCUUCGUCACUGCGGCCUGGAGCAUCUUCGCCUACACCUGGCUGUACCUGAUUUUGGCCGUUAUUUCUCCAGGUGUGGUGGAAGUGUGGGAGGGGCUCCUCACUCUCUUCUUCUUCCCCAUAUGUGUCGUGUUCGCGUGGGUCGCUGACCGCAGACUUCUGUUCUAUAAGUAUGUGUAUAAGCGCUACAGAGUCGGGAAGCAGCGGGGGAUGAUCAUCGAGACCGAAGGGGAGCCGGAGCUCCAGUCCAAAGCGGACAUUGAAAUGGACGGCCCGAUGCUCAACUCCCACGGAGAGGAGUUCCUGGACGGAGCUGUGAAUGCUGAGGUGAAAGAUAUGGACGAGGAAGAAGCCAGGAGGGAGAUGGCCAGGAUUUUAAAGGAACUAAAACAGAAACAUCCGGAGAAAGAGAUGGAACAGCUCAUUGAGCUCGCCAACUACCAGGUCCUGAGCCAGCAGCAGAAGAGCCGUGCUUUCUACCGCUGCCAGGCCACCAGGCUCAUGACCGGUGCGGGGAACAUCCUGAAGAAGCAUGCUGCAGAUCAGGCCAGGAGGGCAGUCUGCACCCAUGAACUUCGCUCAGAAGUUUCCGAAAACGACUUUUCCUCGAAGAUCUUCUUUGACCCAGGCACCUACCAAUGUCUGGAGAACUGUGGAUCAGUUGCGCUGAACGUUGUGCGACGUGGGGGUGACUUGACCAGCACCAUUUCUGUGAACUACCGCACCGAAGAUGGCACCGCCAAUGCAGGAUCUGACUACCAGUUCACAGAGGGCGUCAUUGUCUUCAAACCAGGUGAGACUGAGAAGGAAAUUCGAGUUGACAUUAUUGACGAUGACAUCUUUGAGGAGGACGAGCACUUCCUGGUCCAUCUCAGCAAUGUAAAAGUGCUGUCUGAAGGCCAGGAUGAUGGGAACCUGCUUGUGAACCAUGUGGACAGUCUGGCGAGCCUGGGCCUGCCGUCCACGGCUACAGUGACCAUCUUCGACGAUGACCAUGCCGGAAUCUUUGCGUUUGAGGAGCCGGUGGUUCACGUGAGUGAAAGCAUCGGCAUAAUGGAGGUGAAGGUGGUGAGGACGUCCGGUGCCAGAGGGGUUGUGGUGGUGCCCUACAAAACCAUCGAGGGAACAGCCAAAGGAGGCGGAGAGGACUUUGAAGAUACUUAUGGUGUCCUGGAGUUCCAAAAUGAUGAGAUCUCCAAAACCAUUCAGAUCAAUAUUAUUGAUGAUGAGGAGUACGAAAAGAACAAGAACUUCUUCAUGGAGAUCGGAGAGCCGCGAUUGGUGGAGAUGAGUGAGAGGAAAGCUGUGUUGCUGCAUGAGUGUGGUGGAUUCGUGAAGACAGAUAAACAGCUCUUUGGGAGAGAUGUGUACCGGAAAGUUCAGGGCAGAGAUAACCCCGCCCCCUCUGCCAUCAUCAACAUCGCAGAUGACAGCCUUCUCUCUCAGAAGGAGCAGGAUGAGAGGAGGAUCGCUGAGAUGGGACGCCCCUCACUGGGAGAGAACUCCAGACUGGAGGUCGUCAUCGAGGAGUCCUACGAGUUUAAGAGUACGGUCGAUAAACUGAUAAAGAAGACCAACUUGGCUCUGCUGGUAGGAACCAACAGCUGGAGAGAGCAGUUUGUGGAGGCCAUCACAGUCAACUCAGGGGAUGAUGAUGAUGAGGACUGUGGUGAAGAAAAGCUGCCGUCCUGUUUUGAUUAUGUGAUGCACUUCCUGACGGUUUUCUGGAAGCUUCUGUUCGCCUUCGUUCCACCCACGGAUUACUGGAACGGCUGGGCAUGUUUUAUCGUUUCCAUCUUCAUGAUCGGCCUCCUCACUGCGGUCAUCGGUGACCUGGCCUCACAUUUCGGCUGCACCAUCGGCCUGAAGGACUCGGUCACUGCGGUGGUGUUCGUCGCUCUGGGAACAUCUGUCCCAGAUACGUUUGCCAGUAAAGUAGCUGCUAUUCAGGAUCAGUACGCUGACGCCUCUAUUGGUAACGUGACGGGCAGUAACGCGGUGAACGUGUUUUUGGGGAUCGGAGUGGCCUGGUCCAUCGCGGCCAUCUUCCACCAGUGGAACGGGGAGUAUUUCCGCGUUCAACCUGGAACGCUGGCCUUCUCCGUCACGGUCUUCACUAUCUUCGCCUUCGUCUGCAUCGCCGUGCUGAUGUAUCGGCGCAGGCCAGAGAUUGGUGGGGAACUGGGUGGGCCGCGAAACGCCAAGCUGCUGACCAGCGGCCUGUUCUUCAGCCUGUGGCUGCUCUACAUCAUCCUGUCCUCUCUGGAGGCUUACUGCAUCAUCAAAGGCUUCUAAACCCACCAUACAGAUAAGCUAACCUGGAGGAACCACAAAGGAACCAAAGAUGGAACCAGCUAAAGCAUGUGAGGGAACCGUCUGGACCAGCCAAUGACACUGACGCUGUUAUUGCUGUUGUUGUUCGUGUGUUGUUGUUGUCAACUGUAUGAUUUGUCUGUUUGUCAACACCAGUGCAGUCGCUCUGUCCCAUCAGUCAGCUGACGAAUGGGAUCAGGAGAUUUCUUCUGUGAAAGAGGCCUUUAACUGCCCCCCAAAAUCCCAAAUGCUUAAAAACCAAAGCUUUUAAAAAGUCCAAACAUGAAUAAAUGCCCCAGGUAAAGAAAUUCACUCUCAUCUUGUUUUAAAACACAAAGAACCACCACAGUCUGCCGGCUGUGAAGAUCAUUCAGAUCAUUCUCAUCAUUACUGAACUGCAGUAAGUCUUGAAAACACUUCAUGAAGCUCCUGAAACGAGCAGAACGUCUUCAAGAUUAAACCUUGUCUUACUGCUGCAACACACCGACAUUUGCCAUUGCCACACAUUUAGGUCGGUUUCUGAAAGUUUUAACUGACUCGUCUCAUCAUUUGUAGUUUCAUAAGGCUCACAAAUGAUUUCUAGAA